UCACUUUGUCAGCUGUCGUCUGUCAAAAAGAUGCAAUUGAUUAAUUUAUCAAAAUAUUAUUGUUGUAUGAACGAUUUGUAUUUUUCAUAAAUGUGCUAUUACUAAAUAUACAAAAUAUCAACUCUACCAUUAUAGUGAGGAAUUUCUUUUGUUUUUAUUGAAGGCAAUAAUAUAGAUAUAUCAUAUAAUUGGCAGAAGAAUGAGUCAUGAGGUUCAUCAUGAGGAGAACGAAAAUGCAAGCAGCAGUACUUCACAGCUUGAAUUAUUCAACCUCAUUGGAGGGAGUUGGCCACCGGCUCCAAGGGAACCUGAGCGUUUAGAGUAUGGGUCAGUGCCCCGUGGUGCGAGACGAACUAUGCAGCACUCGGGACACAAUGAAAGGAUCAAGUCUGUAAACCUGAUUAAUCACCUGGCACCGGAAAAGAGAAAAAUAAGACAAAAUACGUCAAACAGACCUGGGAUCAGUGAGGAGUCUGUACAAAGUAACAAAAUGGUGAACGAAACUAAAAAGGUUGAGACUGGAGUCUUAAUUGAUGUCUGCGGUGGCGAUGUCAACGAAGAGUUUUAUGACUCUCCGUCGUUGGGAUCCCCGCGUGCUGUUAAUUUGGAGGCUUCGAGUCAGUCCCCGCCUGUUUUAGAUGACAUCGGAGUGGGUUCUCUGGUCGAAGUAGCGACUGACGUUGAUCAAAACUACUACGGAGUUGUGAGAUGGAUCGGACUCAUUGAUGACAUAGCGACAGCCGGCGUGGAGUUGGAGCAGAGCGUGUGUGGUCUCGGUGACGGCCUGCACCGCGGGUCACGUGUUUUCACGUGCGCCUCUGGACGGGCGCUGUUCGUGCCCCUUCCUCUGUGCAGGAGAGACGCACGGUUCACGGACACGCCGCCACCGGAGACCCACCACACUGAGAUCGGAGAACAGCCAGAGUGUCCCGUGGUGACCGGUGUAGUUCCCCCGCUGACUUCGCUGGGUGACCUGGCGGGGAAGAACCGCGGUAUCCAGGGACAUCACAAUUCAUGUUACUUGGACGCCACGUUAUUCGCGAUGUUCACUUUCACCAGCGUCUUUGAUGCCUUGCUCUAUAGGCCCCCUGAACCUGAGGAUUCCCCUCACUACUCGGAGGUGCAGCGUGUUCUCCGUGAGGAGGUGGUGAACCCUCUCCGUCGUCACGGGUACGUGAGGGCCGACCGCGUCAUGAAGCUGCGUACCCUGCUAGAGAGACUAUCGGAUGUGCCAGGACUCACGUGCGAGGAGAAGGAUCCUGAAGAAUUCCUCAAUGGACUGGUGGCGCAGCUGCUAAGGGCUGAGCCGUUCCUGAAAUUGUCCUCCGGCCAGGAGGCGUUUUGCUACCAGCUGUUCGUGGAGAAGGAUGAACACAUCACAUUACCCAGUGUUCAGCAGCUGUUAGAACAAUCAUUUGCCACAUCUGGAGUGAAACUAAGCGAGGUUCCCGCUGCGUUUAUAAUACAAAUGCCCAGAUUCGGCAAACAAUACAAGCUGUAUCAAAGAGUGCAGCCAUCUCCCUUGCUGGAUGUCACUGAUCUCAUCGAAGGAUUGCCUCGCCAGUGCACUGUAUGUGGCGGUCUUGCUCGCUGGGAAUGUUCUUCGUGUGCAGGGGGCGCUCUCGACGCGGGGGCCUUGUGCAACUCCUGCCUGAGGUUGGCACACGCCACCCGACCCACACAUAAGGCCGUUCCUUUAACUGUCAGUGAAGAAUAUGCGAAUAUUCUCGAGUCGUGUCCAGUGCCGAGGGUGUACAUGGAGUUGUUUGCUGUGCUCUGUAUAGAGACCAGUCACUACGUAGCCUUCGUCAAGACUGGAGUCGGUCAUGACGCGCCCUGGUGUUUCUUUGACUCAAUGGCCGACAGGAAGGGGGAGCGCAACGGUUACAACAUCCCAGAGAUCGUGUGUGUGAGUGAGCUGGGGUCGUGGCUGAGCGAGGAGGGCCGCGCGCUCGCUCGGGCUGCGCCCCUCGACCGCCACCUGCCCGCGCCGGCGAAACGACUGCUGUCAGACGCGUACAUGUGCUUCUACCGCAGCCCCGAUGUCGCUAUGUACAGAUAAAAAACUCAUCGUAGUCUAUGGAAAAUUGUCUAUGAGUGUAUUUUAUUUAUUUAUUACAUAUCUGUACGGGCCCCGUACAAUACAAAUAGAAUUUUAAUUAAUGUAUUAAAUUUUUCGUUGUACUAAAUUGUUAUGAAGCAGUUAUACCUGCAACUUAUGUAGGAAAAACUGUUUAGUAUCUGACAGUGAGCUAUUGUAUAGAAACUUAGUUAACAAAAAAGUUAGGUUGAUGUUAAAAAUGAAAACUAAUCACCUAUUUCUUAUCAGAAUGAAAUAGUCAUUAGUUUUUUCUUAGUAUUUGUUACAUUCACACUAAAAAUCUAAUAUAAGUAUAUACAAUGCUUUAUUUCUUCGCAUAUUAAUUAAUAUAUAAAUAUAUUUGUAAACAUAUUAUAUUAUCAUUCCAAUGUUAAUUGAUUUGAUUUAAAUUGAUUAUAGAAAAUAUAACUACGGCACUUAAAAUGUAAGUAUUACAUACAUUAAUGUACAGAAGCACGAAUGAAAUUGAGAAAUUUAGUUGUUAUUAAUAUUAUAUCACGUGAGAGUCAAUGCGACAGGAGCAAGCUCUCCACGUUCAGUAUUCAAAUAAAACAUGUUGAAAAUA